UGACAAUGUGAUGACAUUUUUUUUUCUGUAACAUCUGUGGAUUUCGUGAUUUCGUUUUAUGUGGUUUUGUGUGGUGACAAGUGAAAUCGGUGAAAUCUUUUUCGUAAUUAUUUGAUUAAUUUUCUAAAAAUGUCUUUCUUCGGGGUAGGAAACCCCUUUUCUACACCAGUAGGUCAAAAAAUUGAACAAGCUACAGAUGGAUUACUGCCAUCUGAAAAUUGGGCUCUCAACAUGGAAAUUUGUGAUAUUAUUAACAGCACAGCAGAUGCUCCUAAAGAUGCAAUUAAAGCUAUUAGAAAAAGAUUGACCCAAAGUGCAGGUAAAAACUACACAGUGGUCAUGUAUACCUUGACAGUGCUUGAAACCUGUGUGAAAAAUUGUGGCAGAGCAUUCCAUGUCCUAGUGUGCAAUAAAGAGUUUAUAUCUGAACUGGUAAAACUUAUUGGUCCAAAAAAUGAUCCUCCUACAGUCGUUCAAGAGAAGGUAUUGAGUCUUAUCCAAUGUUGGGCGGAUGCCUUUCAGAAUCAGCAAGAAUUGCAGGGCGUCGUACAAAUUUACAACGAACUGCGAACGAAAGGCGUGGAAUUCCCCAUGACCGACUUGGACGCAAUGGCACCUAUAUUCACACCGCAAAGGAGUGUUCCAGAUGGUUCGGAACCCACCUUGGCAGGUUCCCCACAGCGCGCUGUGAUCCCACCCGGCUCGCCGACUCGCCCCAAUAACGAACAACCCCCUGUCGCUCAGGUGACGCUAUCGGAGAGCCAGGCUAGCAAGCUGCGCGCAGACCUGGGCGUAGUGGAAGGCAAUAUGACGGUAAUGGCGGAUAUGUUGGCAGAACUGUCUACCCAGCCGCCUGCGCAACACCACGCCUUGGAUAUCGACUUGCUUAAUGAGUUGGCGGAUACAUUGCGAGCUAUGCAAAGUCGCGUGGCCGACCUAGUGGGGAGAUUGGCGGGGGAAUCUACUCUCACCGCGGAACUGUUGCAUGCCAACGACGCGCUCAACAAUCUACUGCUGAGACACUCCCGGUUCAUUAAUAACAGGAAUGCGGCAACGGGAGUCACUCCUUCGGCCAUACUGGGGGCUGCUAUGGGAGUGCCCGGUACUAAUGAAGCACAGAAGAAGGGUGAUGACGACGCCUUGAUUGAUCUCAGCGAUGAUGUACCAGACAUCACUAAACUUAGUAUAACAGCGGACAAGUCGCCAGGCAGCUCUAAGGACGAAUUCGACAUGUUUGCGCAGUCGCGAAACGUUACCUAUGAAAACACUAAAACUGGGGGCAGCAGUUACGCGGACAACUCUGAGGAGCAGACUACACGCGGGUUGGCUGCCGUAGCCAACCAACGACCUACGCAAGGACAACCAUUGCCCGCGGAUAUCGAUGAAAGAGAGAUAGAUGAAAUAGCAGCAUGGUUAGCGCAAGAAAAGGCCGCUUCUGAAGCUAACGGCGCUCAGGAGAGCGUGACCAGUAGCGAUUUCGACAAAUUCCUUGCGGAACGCGCGGCUGCAGGCGAAAACCUACCCAAUGCCCCCGAAAAUAGGGCUAAUUUACCCAAUGCCCCUGAGAAUACGGCCCAAAACGCCACGCAACAAACGCCCAGACACAGGCAGAUCAAGAAGGAAGAAGAUUCUAUGUUCGCGCUCUGAUGCGAUUCCAAUAUCGAAAAACAUCGUAACAAUCGCUACGGAUGAGUAAGUAUUAGGUAUUUAGAAUUUCAACCUCGUUACCACAAAAAAGUUAGUCAUACGUUCGACACGAGUUUAAGAACAAAUGUCUUAUGCCUGCACUUUACAUGGCUAUUCGUGUUUGUUAUUUAUCAUUUUGACAGCAGGUUGUCCUUAUUAUAUUCUAUAUGAAAUGAAAAGGAAAGAUUGUUGUCAAGUUUACAACUUAAUAGCAAAUACAAUUAGCCACGUAAAGUGCUGGCAUUAGAAAAUUUGCCUUAAAAUUGUUUAAAACAUUGUGUAACAUUUAUGUAGUAAGGCCGUUUGAAUUUAACCUCAUUACCACAAAAAAGUUGGUCGUGCGUUGAAUACGAGUUAAAGAAAAAGAUGCAUAGAAAAAUUGCCUAAAAACUAAUGGUUAAACAAAGCGUCUAACUCUUUUGUAGUAAAACCGUUAAUGUUGAUGGUUUUUUGCAUCGAACUAUAUAUUUAUUUGUAUGUACGAAUUAGAAACUGCCACGUGGCAUAAUCGCGAUCUUCUUUUAACUUUUGAUAAUAUGAUUGUGCACAUAAUAUUUUUUUCGUUAUUAUAGUGACGAAAACAUACACGCAAAACCCGUAAACUAAAUACAAGAAUCGGCUAAAUUUGUAUUCUUUAUGACACAGCAGACUUACUACUGCUUAACUUUAUUAAAAAAUAGGUAAUUCUAACUUUUUGUCAUUUAGGUGACAUCUAAAUGUGGCACUUCACAUAACUAUGAGUAUCUGAUUUUCGUAAAGCCAACGGUUUUUUGCAUUAUUGACAAAUAGGACCAAUGAUCGUCAUUUUGCUUCUCUGUGGUUUAUUUGGCGCCAUGCAAUCGUGUUUGCCAUUGCCGUGUUCGACAAUAUUUGCCAUAUAAAUUGAAAACAAUUACGCUAAAAAAACAUGUGAAGUGUUACCAUUAAGUAAAGCAAGUUGCUGCGUCGAUUGAAAAUUGAAAGGAGAAACAUAAUCAAGGUCUAAAAUAAACAUUUCUACAAUGUCUAUGAAUUAAAACCCUAAUCUUACCUUAAAUUACCAAAAUAACUAUUAAAAGUAUCAACUCUAUACGGGCCGACUUUACUACAUCAAAAAAUCCCUUUUUGAUAUGCCGUUUGGUGCCUGGCUUUUUAUAGUUGUAAUUCAAAUAUCUUAAGAAGAAUCAGUUUUUUGAAUACAUUAUCAGUUUUUAAAUUAGAUAUCUUAGAAUCUUAAUAUUAUAUUGUUAAUGGUGCCAAUUCUGACAUGAUUCUCUAAACCUAAACUUAAAUUUGACAACAGUGUAUCCUUGUCAUUCUCUAUAGAGAAGAGAGAUUGAUGUUAAAUUUAGUUUUAACUUUAGAGAAUAACGCCAGCAUCGGCACCAAUAUAUUAUUUUACCAAUAUUAUUGUAGACGAAAAAAUUAGCGAAGCUAUUUAAUUUAUUAAGACCAGCGAUGGUAUUUCAAUGAAUUCAAAUUAUUCUACACUUAGCUGCAUUUACAAAAAGCUGAAAUAUAAAUAAUUCAUAUUUAUGAAAUCAUUUAGUCAAACAUUACACAUUUUCAAAACUUUCACACGAUCGGGACAAUCUAUGCACAAGGUAGGAAAAAUACCCCUUAACAUCAAGUGUCACAGUAGGCAGUUAAGUGGUUUCAUCUAUCUUGCAUAAUGCUUUAUUUUUAAAUCAAGCUUGUCAUGUUAAAAUCGAUCGUUCUUGAUGUAAAAUACUUGCCUUGAUUUUUUUUUAUUUCACCUCAAACAUUUAUAACUCACCUUCAGCCUAUCUAUACAUUUACUUUUAUAUUUGCCAUUUAUGUAAGAUCGCACUUAUUUAGUUCAUUAUAAAGUAGGUUAUUCAAUAACUCUACUCACCUAACUUCAUUAUUUUGUACUAUUUAAACCUUACCAAUACUGUUAAUGUCACAUAUUUGACUAAUCUGUAAGCUACUCUGUCCCUCUAGCAUAACCACACGAAACGGGAUAUGAUAAAAAGCUUUAUCAUAACCCGUUUCGGUUGUCAUGCUAGAGAGGCUGGGCUCUUAAGCGGUAGCGGAUACUUUAAUCUUCAAGUUUAGUUAAUCUUUUUCUUUAGGUAUGGAAAAAGGAUAGAAUGCCAUACUUAUCUUUACAGUAUGAUUAAAAUGAAACCGUUCGUAAAUGUCCUAUGCAGUAAUAAUUGCAGUAUUUACAAAUGUGUAAUCGGCAAAAAUUUCAGGAUAUUACGAUAAUAAAAAGUGAGGUAUUGCAUCGGUUCUUAUUUCUGUUGUUUUCGCCCUGU